UAAUAUAUUCAGGUUAUAGAGUAAUAUGUUCAAGAUAAAUAUUUGGGUUUAUUCGAGUUUAAUAGUGGAGUUUAUUCAAGUUUAAUACUGGAAUUUAUUCAAGUUAAAUACUGGAGACCAUUCAAGUUAAAUACUGGAGUUUAUUCAAGUUGAAUACUGGAGUUUAUUCAAGUUGAAUACUGAAGUUUAUUCAAGUUAAAUACUGGAGACCAUUCAAGUUAAAUACUGGAGUUUAUUCAAGUGGAAUACUCAAGUUUAUUCAAGUUAAAUACUGGAGACCAUUCAAGUUAAAUACUGGAGUUUAUUCAAGUUAAAUACUGGAGUUUAUUCAAGUUGAAUACUGAAGUUUAUUCAAGUUAAAUACUGGAGACCAUUCAAGUUAAAUACUGGAGUUUAUUCAAGUGGAAUACUCAAGUUUAUUCAAGUUGAAUACUCAACUUUAUUCAAGUUAAAUACUGGAGUUUAUCCAAGAUAAUAUUCGAGUAUCUUCAAAACAAUAUUUCCAUUUAUUGAAGAUAAAAUUCAAAUUCCCUGAAGAUGAGACUCCAGAUAAUCCAGUAAAUAUUCCAGUGCAUCUCUAAAUCAAACCAACAAUAUCUAAAUACACAAAAUCAUCCUCAACAACAAUAAACCAUAUUAUUGUUAACAAACCAUUAACAAUGACCCAAGUUCUCUAAAAAAGUAGUACAAUACUCAGGAUAUAAUUACUCAGGAGUUUAAAAAAACGUUCGCAAAGGAAUAAGACUGAGCUCGAAGAAGGAAAGUUACUGUACGAGGUUGAUAAUUGGAUACUAACAGAAUUGUCAGAAAAAAGGCAGCAUAUUGAAGAAAAAGUUGUAGAAGAAAUUGUAUGGCAAAAAGAAACCGUGGAAGCGGGCGUAAAAGUUUAAGAAGCGGACCGUGGAAUCUGGGAAAGAUCCGGAAGAAAUUUAAUUUGGAAAAAUCCAACGGGAGAAAAAUAUCGUAGAGGAGGUUGUAACAAGAAAAAAGGCGGGAGGAACUUCGGGAACACUUUAAGGAGGUAAAGAAAAAGCCGGUGUAAAAUUCAAGAAAAACGACGGUGAUUUACUGGGUAGAAAAGUUCGGAGGAAAUAAAAAUUGAAAAAUCUAAAGGACAUCGAGGCAGUGACAUUUUAUCGCAACUUCCGGAUGGAAAUUUUAGGUUAGGAUUCCAAGAAAAGAGGAGUUUGGAGAGAUAGGGGAAUUGAUUGAAGAGGAAAGUUUGAACGAGUUUAAGAACAUCAAGAACAGUGGAUUUAAGUUGAUCAGUAAUAAAUGUUAUACGAAUUUAAAUUGACAAUAAUAUUAUUUUACUUUUGCAAUAAACAAAUGGUUUAAUCAUCGAUCGACGUGAAACGUCAGUGAACUUGAAGAACAGUGAAUUUAAGUGGAUCAGUAAUAAAUGUUAUACAAAUUUAAAUUGAUCAGUAAUAAAUGUUAUACGAACUUAAAUUGACAAUAAUAUUAUUUCGCUUUCGAAAUAAACAAGCGCUUUAAUCAUCGAUCGACGUGAAACGUCAGUGAACUUGAAGAACAGUGAAUUUAAGUGAAUCAGUAAUAAAUGUUAUACGAAUAUAAAUUGUUCAGUAAUAAAUGUUAUACGAAUUUAAAUUAACCAAUAAUAAAUAUUACACGAAUUUAAAUUGGUCAGCAACAAAUGUUAUAUAAAUUGAAACAGAAAACAAUAUAAUUGUUCUCUGUGAAAUAAAUAAACGAUAAAAUUAUCGAUCGACGUGAAACGUCAGUGAACUUGAAGAAGCGACUUUAAAUUGAUAUUUCGUGGCAUGUCACAAAUAUGUGAUCACGCGUAUCGAACAUUGUUAUUCGAGUGGAUGAUAUAGAUGUGAAGUGUGCUUUCGUGUUCGUGGUGACAUAGUAAAUUGAUAAAAAUGAUGGCGGGUGCUGGAAUGUUGAGAGCCAGACGCAGAGACGUCAGUGUGAAACCGAACAGGAAACUCGACCGGAAGUCGUCGAGGGGGAUGAUCUACGAGAACGAGGAGCUCAGAUUGAGGACAAUUCAUAUCAACGCUGAAGUGGAACAAGGUCAGAACGACAUCAAAAAGCUGCGCAGAGAGAACGAGCAGCUUCGUAGGGAGAUAUGGAGCCUCAGGGACGAGUACGACAAACUCGAGGAGAUCCUGAAGAGGCAGAAGAACCGCACAGAAAGCGAGGAAUACGAGGAUCGCUCCGACGAGGAUGAUGGCCUGCAGUCCGACUACUCGGAGGACGAGCAACCCGAAGAGGACGACACGCAGGACUCCUCGAAGGAGGCCACCAAAUCCGAGCAGCUAGAGAACGUGGAGAACCAGAAGAUCUCUUCUGAAAAAAUGACUAACAGUCUACAUAGACUGCACGUGGAUUUCGACGACUUAUCAGUGGUCGACGAAGAAGAGGAAUUGAAAAGAGACAAAGAUAAAAAGGAAAUGUCGUCAGAGGAUGUGCGGAAGGAAAACAAAAGUCCCAUGUCGAUACUGAAAUCCAGACAACUGCACGAAAACAUACCGUUUUACCCAGCAGCCUAUGAGCCACCCGGUCUGGGUAGCCCCACAUAUUACACCGAAUGUCCCUUUAAGUUUCCCAGCACUCUCAAUCUGAUGUUGCCACCUGAAGCGACGGGGAUGAUUACACCCUGUCCGAGGCUCAAUGCGGAUCAAAUGCUAUCAGUUACGGGUCUCAGCGACCCAAACAUGGAGCAGAUCAACGACCAGGUGCUGCACGCGCCUCCUCUCGGUUGGCAAACCAACGUGAUGCCUCAGAAGAUGGGCACAUUUGGAUUGCAGGAUGUGGAUGGUAACGUUGGGGUCCAGAACUUUGGGCUCCAGCAGGAGUUCCCGAGCUUCCCGAAUUUCUUUCAGAAGAGGAACGUUGGACCUAACUUACUCUUCGAGAAGUCAGUUGAGAAUGGCUGGGAGUCGCAGAAGGAUCAAGUCACUGAUCCGAAGAAGGAUGCUGAAGAGAAGGUCUCAGAAAGACCCAAGCACUUUUUCGCCCCGUUGCCCUCGAAGGUUAAGAAACAAACCGAGGAACCAUCGCCGACGACCAGCCACUUUGGAACAGGUAAUAGUUCCAGUAGUGGCAAGACUGGGUCUACAGUGAUCUCUAAGAAUCAGUUUGCGAGCCAGAAGGGGUCGGCCGACCUUUGCGUGAAAGGCGCAGUACCGUGCGAGGAUAGUGUCGCGAAGAAUAAGACUGAACAAAGGACGUUUCUGAGCACCGACAACCUGCUGGUCAACGAAGACAAGUGCGGUAACCAGUUGAUCAAGUCGAUGUCCUGUCAGGAUCUGUCCAGCGAAGCCCAGGUCGCCUCCAUGAGCGACGGCAGGCAGAUGACCCAAAGCGACAACACCCUGGACAACAUAUCGGACUCCAAACCGUUCAAGUCCCACCUGACUGUGACUCUGAAACCCCCACGAGUGAAACAAGCGAUCAGUCCGGACACCCCCGAGAUACCAAAACUACCCUCCAUAGAAUCGCGCCUCUUCAAGAACCCUUUCCUCCGCAAUUUCGACGCGGGUUAUAUUAACCAGACCAACGUGACUCGCCCGUUGUCCGUCCAGGUGAACGACGACAACCUUUGCUACUAUUCCUCCCGUCCAGACGUCACUUACAACAGAGUGCACCUGGACAGAUACCGACCUGUCCAGACCGAUCAGAAUCGCCUACUGAUCCCCACGAACCAGCUCAUCAACGGCAAGCUGACGUCCCCGGCGAACAAACAUCAAAUCCAGGUGACUUCUUUUGAGAGACCUAGUCCCUGCACUCUGGUGAGUCCGUCAAGUCCCUACGACUUCGGCACCAUGCGCAGGUUGAACGCUCCGUACCCGAAUCCUUAUCAGAACAUGACUUUUCUACCGAGGACGGGAUUGUAUCCUCAAGGAGGGAUGAUGUACUACGAUCACCUGACGCGAAAGGUGCCCGCUCAGACCCAGACGUCCAUAGACGGUGAUUCUCACCACGAAGACGAGCACAUACUGUCCCACGAAGAAAGUGCGCCCAGCACACCCAGCGGACAACGUCGGAGGAGGACAGUUAAGAAGACGAAGCCGCUGUCUCCGCCCGUUCAGAGGAGGCUGAAGAAGCAAAGCAGCGUCACGUCGUCCGAGGUGCCUGAAUCACCCGCGAAGCCCCAGAAGAGGUCCAUGAAGCUUAGCAUCACACCUACGACCACAUCCGAGGGCCAGGAGGACAAGAACGAGAGCAGGUCCUCCUCCUCCGGUCAGGACUCCCCAAAAAAGGACCAACUGCGCAGGGUCUCACUGUACUUCAACGCCAAGAAGAGACCUUCUCUGGCCUCCGUGAAGACCACGAGGAGCGGCAGCAUCGACGUGACCAGGGAAAAGGACCCCGUCAACUCGGAGAGGGAGAUGACCAACUCCAUGAGCAGCAGGGACAACGGCAGCGCUAAACCCAGGAAGGCCAGCACCAGCAGUGGAAACGUGCCUUGGUGCGCGUGCUGGGGCAACGGGUGUAUCUAGGACCUGAUUUCGUUUGCAUGUGGACGCUCGAAUUUUGUUUACGCUGCGGUCGAGCUUAUCGGGACACGAGUGAGAAAUGAAGCUGAUUAAAGUGUGUCUUGUUACGGGGAGGAACAGUUCGUGUUGCUGAGGAACAGCUUAUGUGUUGAGCAAUUAACUGGUCGGGAUUUUAGUUUUAUUGCGGAUGGGGACGGAAGUGAACUUGAUGUGGUUAGGAUCUUAAGGGACUGGGGGUUUUAUUGAGGAAGCUGUUUUAUUUUUGUUGGGAGAUGUUGGAGUUUAGGAGAUGAAAUUAGGAGGUUUAGAAUUUAGGGAAGUUAUUUGAAAGUACUCUUUGGAUUAUCAAAAGGUGGAUUUAUAGCUUGAGACAAUUAGAAAUUUGAACUUUGGACAAUUAGGUUACUUGGGACAAUUAGGCUCCACAUCAUUAAAAGCUAGAUUUGCAACCUGAUAUGAAGGCUAUUUGAAAGAGUUAUACUUCAGAUCAUCAGAAGACGGAUUUACAUGACACCUAGGUAGUUUGAAAGAAUUUACCUUCACAUCACUAAAAGCUGGAGCUACGCUUUGAUCUUGCUAUUAGUGAUUUGAUACUUGAUACUUAGGUAAUUUGAAAAAAUUUCUCUUCAGAUCAUCAAAAGCUAAAUUUGCAACUGCAUAUAAAGAAUUUAUAUAAAAAACUUACAAGUCCAUAAAAAAUUUGCAAUUAGGUAAACCCACAUGAAAACCUCCAAAUCUCCAAACCAAAUUACAUUAGCAACUCGAUAAAUUCCCAAGAAUUAAGUUGUGAAUAUUAAAGAUAAUGAAUAUGCAAUGAAAAGUUGAUACUCUAAGAUUUCCUGUGGAAAUAUACAGUAACGAGAUAUGGAACUGGUAGUUGUAUUUCAACAGAAGCUGUAUCGACCUUCAACGCGAAUGUAAGGUAACGGCUGCAACCAAUGAGAAGUGCCAUAAAACUAACAGUGCUUGGACCAGGACACCAUAAAACCUGUUAAUGUUCAGGUGACACUGGCAACUAGAAUGCUUAUGAACGUAAUGGUUAAAUCCUAGGAAAUCGAAUUAAAUAAUUAAUAUUUAAUUAGUGUAUAAGGAAAUAGACGAGUUAUAAUUAUUUUCGUGGAAAUGUGUAAUGGAAUGUUGAUUAUUUGUAUAUUUUAUACUGGAUUUGAAUGUCUCUUUUAGUGUGAUAAGGGUUAUGUGGUAUUUUGUAUUAUGUGGAAUUUAUGUUUAACUUUAUGUUUAGGGCGAUGAAUGUUGGAGAAUUUUUAGGUUGUAAUAUUUUGAUAUUUGGUAGUUUGGUUAUUUGGAAAUUUGGGAAGAUGGAAAUUCUGAAAUUUAGA